UUCAGUUUUAUUGACAAAUAAAAUUGUAAGAUACUUAAAGUAUGCAAUGUGAUAAUUUGACAUACUUAUACAUUGUGAAAGGAUUCCCCCAUCAAGUUAACACAUGACAUAUUUAACUUUUUUGGUGAGAACAUGUAUGUUCUUUUCUCUUAUAUUCUUUUUUAAUGCUUUAGGAAUGGCCUUUUGUUUUAAGAAAAUGAUCAUAUUUGAACUUUUGAUAGGAAAUAAAAUGAUUUGCCUUUUGUGUUUUUGUGUGCUCUAGAAAUCCUCACCAGACAGCUUCCUGUUUCCUGAGAAUCAUUACGUGAUCAGCUACAGGGAUGAAAGUCUUCAAGUUGAUAGGAGGGAUGGUCAUCCUCACCUCUUUGUUUUUCACCUGUUUGGGGCAAAUUCCAAUCACUGUAUUCUGCUCUAUAGACUGGUUCAUGGUUACGGUACACCCGUUCAUGUUGAACAGCAAUGUAUAUGUACACUUUCAUGAGUUACACUUGGGCCAGGGUUGCCCUGUCAAUCAUGUUCAGUCACAUAUCUACAAGUUUACCUACCGUGUUACCGAAUGUGGCAUCAGAGCCAAAGCUAUCUCUCAGGAUAUGGUUAUGUACAGCACUGAGAUACAUUGUGCUUCAAAGUCUACCUCAUCUAAAUACACAUUUCCAGUGUCAUGCACUGCCCCCAAGUACUCCCCAUGGCUCACUACUCCCUACUGCAUGAAAGAAGCCAGCAAGAUACAAACCACAACCCAGGAUGGUGAGACAGGCUACGAGGUGUUCACCUUGUCACAGUCCAGCCAGAGGCCCAACUGCAAUUGUCCACCUUGUGUCUUCAACGAAGGAGAAUGUGCCCAGGCUCCACAGCGUAAAGCAGAGGCUCAGAAGGGCCAUUCUAAGCAGUCAUUUUUAUUUGUGGAUAUAUCUGAGGAUUGAUCUCUGUUCAGACAAUCUACUUGAGUCCAUGUGAUCUCAGUUUGGGGUCUCCUGUUAAUGCUAUUUCUAAAAUUAGUAUAUAGCCCUGUCCGGUGUGGCUCAGUUGAUUGGGCAUUGUCUCAUGCACUGAAAGGUUGCCAGUUCGAUUUCCAGUCAAGGCACAUGCCUGGGUUGCAAGCCAGAUCCUCAGUGGGGGCCAUGCAAGAGGCAGCCAGGUAACAUUGUGUUCACACAUCAAUGUUUCUC